UUUUUUUUGACCCUGGGGACAAACAGUGCACAUCAAGCUUUUCUGCCUCAAAAAGAUUGCCUAUAUUCUAUUAAUCAGGCUGCAAUACACCUCCCCAAACUUCAUUUGCGAUCCUUUGAUCAGUUUUCCCAGAGAGCGUAAGUACCGUUCGAGGGCCACUAGGUAGAAGUGGCUUAUCAACCUUAUCGCCAAAAACGACACACAUGGCCACUUUGGAAAUCUUUCCCCGGAGAUCUCCUGAUCAACUAACACUCCGACCUCGACCUAACAGACUGCGAGCCUCUUCCACAAGCGUUCUUCGCUAUCGCUGAAUUCGCCUCGACUUCUUAAUUCCCUUACCUUGCACCAUCUCCGUUCGGACUACAGACGCGUUGUCAAAUUUGCCUCGAGUCGAUUGUCGUAUAUCUCGAGACAGCGAACACCGCGUAUUCCCGGCUUUCAAUAACAUAUCGGUCCUCGUUCUAGUUUCGUCGGGCUUCGCACUCCUGGGCAUAAUAGCUUCAGCGCUUCCGCAAAACAUUAUCAAACUGCUCAUCGUUGGGGUUCACCCCAUUUAAUGCGUUGCUGCGUACACUGAAUCAAAUCAAAAAAUGGGUGCCCGCACAAGGAGACAGCAGGCCGCAUUGGCCGCUCAGUCAGAUGGGGACGAGUCGCCGGCUGGCAAUGGCACUGUGGAAAUGUCUUCGAAGAAGACCAAUACGACAGCUGGGAAGGAGGUGAAGGAAAACGUAUAUCUAUUUGCCCCGAACCUUAUCGGAUAUCUACGGGUUGUCUUGACUAUGGCGUCGCUGUACUAUAUGCCGCUCCAUCCGCGAACGUGUUCCCUUCUAUACAGCGUAUCGUGUUUACUGGAUGCUUUGGACGGAUAUGCUGCACGAUACUUUAACCAGUCCACCACCUUCGGCGCGGUCCUGGACAUGGUCACAGACCGCUGCACAACCGCGUGCCUGCUAGUUUUCUUGAGUUCUGCAUGGCCUCGUUGGUCUAUUAUCUUCCAGAGCUUGAUCGCCUUGGAUAUGGCCAGCCAUUACAUGCACAUGUAUGCCACCCUCAGCAUGGGUGGGUCUAGCCAGAGUCACAAGAAGGUCGAUUCUAGCAGGAGCUGGAUUCUGUAUCAGUACUACAAUAGCAGGACGGUUCUGUUCAUCUGCUGUGCUCUCAAUGAGCUUUUCUUCAUCGGACUCUACCUUCUUUCGUUCUCAUCCCCUAUCUUGUCUCCCUCUCUCCUCCAGCCUGUUCCCGGCUCCGGAGCCGAGUCUGCGCUAACUGCCAGCCCGUGGAGCGCUGGCGCGUUGGAGAUGGCUAGGGCUAACAAGAUUGACAGCUUUUGGCCCUGGGUCAUCACCGGAAUUUCAGCCCCCGUUAUGGCUCUGAAGCAGAUUAUCAACGUGGUGCAGCUCGUCAAAGCUAGCAACUGGCUGGUCGAAGGUGACAUUGCUAGCCGCAGAGCACUGCAGAGAAAGAGAAACUAAUUCUCAUGUGUGGAUGUCUGGAACCAGACUACACAUGAUUUGCAUUUCUUUAUCUCUUCUUAUUUUUAAGUAGAUAGUUUUCGCCCUGGUGCCUCAUCGUGGGUAUGUUACCACCGCCAGGGUCCGGGUUUUGACAACAAACAUCACUGUGCUUGCAUGGUUUUGGUGCCUAGCUUGUUCUUCGGGGCCGUGGGAAAGCUGCCCCUACUCUUUGCUUCUUCUUCGUCUGGUGUUCUUUUAUAUUACCUUUUGCGGAAGAUAUGUCACAGUUGGGAGGAAACUAUGGUUUUAUAGGUCUGUUGCAGAUCAGACCCAUGCUGAAUGAUUUAUAUUUGUUUCAAUUGUUGUCUUUAUUACUAACCACCUAUCUGCAUCUUUUUCGCUUCUUACCUUUUCGUUCUCUGUCUUUUCAUAUCUAUUUUUAUUUCCUUCAGGUUGUCUCUGGGAUGUUUUUAAAAUUUUUAAUCUUGUUCUGUGUACUAGUGGACAUACAAUUGCUUUUCAUGUCGUGACUGAGAACAAGGAAGACUAAUGGUUCAAU